GAAUGUUUAUGAUCUAAUUCUCGUAGCUAUACACCUUACUUGAAUAUAGAGUGAAUGCGCAUAGACAUACCGUGCUAAUGGCGGAGAGCGUCGCAAAGCCCCUCAUUCCUCUGCGAUACCGGAUGGGGAAAUCCAGAAAAAAAUCUCACGGAACUGCCUCUUGAUCUUCAAUUCACCACUGUCACGGCUCUACCCCCACAACUGUCUUGAUUACUCUACUCCUCAUUCGCCCUUGGCCUCUUCUUUGAGCAACGACCGGAAGUUCCUCGUCUACGAAAAGAAAAAGCCCACACUAUGUCGGCCGCAACCAUCCCUCCCCCCGCGGCGGACCAGGACUACAAGGCGACGCUGCUCCCGCUCCUGAUGUCCAACAAUGUCCUCUCCUUCGGAUCCUACGUGUUGAAGUCCGGCCGCGAAUCUCCCUACUUCUUCACUUCGUCGCUCUUGCACACGGCCCCAUUGCUCCGCGCGACCUCCGCCGCCUACGCCAGCGUCCUGGCUGCUGAACCCUUCGUCAGCACCGCUGUUGAUGGCACCAAGACUCCGAACUUCGAUAUCGUCUUCGGUCCUGCCUACAAGGGUAUUCCUAUUUGCGCCGCUGUGGUGAACGAGUUGGCUGUGCGGGACUCGCUGUCCCCCUCACCCAAGGGAACCUGGGAUAACGUCAGCUACUCUUUCAACCGCAAAGAGGCCAAGGCGCACGGCGAGGGAGGAAACAUUGUCGGUGCUCCAUUGAAGGGCAAGCGGGUGGUCAUCGUCGACGAUGUCAUCACCGCAGGUACUGCGCUGCGCGAGGCCGUGGGUAUAAUUGAGAAGGAGGGAGGUAUUGUGUCGGGCGUUGUCAUCCUGCUGGAUCGGGAGGAGAGAGUCAGUGACGCUGAAUCCAAGAGCGCUGUUGGUGUUGCCCAGAGAGACUUGGGUGAGAACAUCCCCAUCCGCGCGGUCAUUGGUCUCCACGACUUGAUCGAGAAGUUGGGUAAUCAGAUUGGAGAGGGCGAGGUGCAGCGGCUGAAGGACUAUCGGGCUCGUUAUGGAGCGGAGUAAACUCCAUUAUUAUUCUCUACAUGUCUCUGAGGAUGAUCAAGAAAAUGAUACCAAUGAAUUGCAUAUUUUCGUAUUGUCACAUUCAGAAGGCAAAGCGGCUUUCGAGGUAGUGAUAGGUCCUGUCUCCUAAGCUUUUGCAUGCACAUGAUGCUGUCUAGAAGUACUUCAUGUGGAUUCGUAGACAAGUGGGUUUGGAUAAAUGCUAAUUGGACUGUUAUCAAAGCAG